AUGCGCGUCGCCGUCCUGCUCCCCUGCGCCGCGCUCGCCCUCGUGGCGCCGCCCCAGCAACGCCGCAUCGCACCGCAACGCGCCGCGACGCUCGACUCGCUCGAGGGCGUGGAGGCCCCGAAAGUGAAGGUCGACACGACGUCGGGCCUGCGGGGCCUCGUGGCGACGGCACCCAUCAAGGCCGGCGAGUCGCUCGUGAGCGCGAAGCGCGAGCAAUCCGUGGAGGUGACGGACCUCGAGGCGAAGACCGCGCCGCGCGAUCUCCGGAAAUUGGGCUACUGCGACGACGAAGAGUGGAAGGCGGUAGGUUGGGAGGGCCGCCUCGCGCUCCUGCUCCUGCGCGCGAAGGUGGAGAAGGAUGCGACCCUUGCGCCCUGGGUCGCCGCGCUGCCGGAGGCCUACGACGACGUGCCCGCGUUCGGCUGGAGCGACGCGGACGUGUCUUCCUGUGCGUACGCGCCGCUGCGAGAGACGGUCGCGGGCCAGCGCGACACCUGGGCCAGGGCGGAGGCGGCGCUCCUCGGGAAAGACCAGCGGCGCCCCUACGGCGCCGCGGACCUGCGCUGGGCCCUCGCGACGGUGCUGACGCGGUCGUUCUCGGGCCCCUUCGAGGGCACGUCGCCGAAGCAGCGCUUCGCGCUCAUCGGCUUCGCCGCGUGGCUGGCCGUCGGCUACGUCGUCGGCGGCUUCGGCGACGCGUCGACGGCGGCCCAGGGCUUCGUCGCCGUGUCGCUGGGGUCCGUGCUCUCGGACUACCUCGUGUCCAAGGACGAGAGCCUGGACCUCCAGCGCCACGUCUUGGCGCCGGGCGUCGACUUCCUCAACCACGUCGGCGCGGCGGCCGAGGACGACGCCGCGGCGUCCUACGAGUACUUCGCCGACGCCUUCGCCGUGAACGCGCACCGCGACUACGACGCGGGCGACGAGGUCCACGCGUCCUACGGCAAGAAGUCGAACGCGCAGCUCGUCGCGAACUACGGCUUCCUCGAGCCGGGCAACCCCUUCGACGACUACGUCUUCCCCGACGCCUACCCCUUCCCGCCGCUGCGCGGCGCCCGGGUGACGCGCACGGGCUUCGACGAGGCGACGGCCAAGGCCGCGGUCGCCUACAGCGGCUCCACGGACGCGGCGCGCGAGAACCUCGUCAAGGCCUGCAGCGCGCAGGCCGCGGCGAUCCGCGCGACGCCCAGCGGCAACGGCCUGCUCGACGCCCUCGGCGAGGAGCACGCGGCCAUCCUCGCCGCGCUCGCGGACGCGACGGAAAAGUCGGCGAUGCUCGGCCCAUCCCGGGGCCGGUCCCCCCAGCGCCGGGGCACCCCGGGGUCCCGCGGGUCCGGGUCGCCGGCGUCGCGGUCGCCCAUGCGGUCCGGGUCGCCGCACCGGUCCGGGUCGCCGGGUCGCCCGGGCACGAGCGCGAGCAGCCGGCCCGGGACGUCCGGCAGCGCCAUGGAGCUCGUGGACCGGCUCGUCGACGAGCUGCCCAUCGAGAAGCAGAAGGACAUCAUCGCGACGCUGGCGACGCUGCGGCCGAGCGACCGGCGCGUCUUCGUCGGGACGCUCCUGGAGCACGUGCCCGACGAAAGCAUCCGCCUCAAGGCGUUCGCGAUAUUGGAGUCGCUCUUCGAGGCCGAGCCCGAGGACCCGGCCGCGGCGGCGGCGCCGCUCAUCUCGGCGUUCACCGACGACCCGACGGAGGGCGUGGACAUCGUGCUGCUCCACGGGACCUUCCCCGAGCACCGCUGGCGCGAGCUGCCGCGGCUCGGCCGCGAGCAGCGGUCCGCGUUGAUAGCCCAUUUCCGGCGGAUGACGCAGGCGGAGCGGAAGCGCGUCGGCCGGGCCUGCGGCCAGCUGCUGCCCUUCUCCUGCGUCCUGCGGCUCCUCGACGAGCCGCCGGACCACCGCUGCUCCAUGUGCGCGUACAAGCGCGAGCACCUGUGCGAGCACCGGCGCCAGUUCUUAUUGGAGCAGAACGCGUCCGGCGAGGCCCCCGCGGACCGGCUCCUCCAGCCCUUCGCGGCGGAUCUGUACACCUUCCGCGAGGAUCUCGUCGAGGACCCGGCGCACCCGAGCCUGCUGACCUGGCUCGGCCUCGAGGAGAGCGGCGCGCGCGUCUGCUUCGACCUCGGCCGCUCGGACGCGCGGGGCUUCGACGUGCGCAUCGACACGGCGACGAUCUGCGGGCCCUGCCGCCAGGAGGUCUACGGGUUCAUGGCCCACCACACGAACGACCGCGAGUACCACCACCUCUUGGGGAACCGGAAGCUCAAACAGCUCGAGGCGAAGCAGAAGAGCGAGGACGCGCGCGCGCGGUGGUGGCACGCGGAGCGGCGCCGGUCCGUGCUCCACGGCGCGAUCCAGUGCCUCCACGGCAUCGCCGGCAAGGUGCGGGCCCGCGAGCACCGCGCCGCGCGCGCCGCGGAGCGCGCGGAGCGCGAGCGGCUCCGGCUGGAGGCGAUCGAAGCAGCGAAGCGCGCGCGCGCGGACCUCGAGCGCGAGACGUCGGGCCUCCUCGGCAAGUGGGAGGCCAACGACGUGCGGAACACGGACGCCAUGCUCGUCAAGCGCACGCUCUAUUGCAAGCUCCAGUCGGAGAAGGAGCACCGGAGCGACCGAAAAGCGCCGACGACGCUCUGGCGCCGCGACGAGGUCGCGAACGGCGGCGUGUCCUGCAAGAAGCGCGAGAUUUCUGACGACGGCGUGCCCCUGACGGAGGCCGCCGCCGCCUACAUCUUCGGCACGGCGCCCCUGAUCAUCGCCGACGACUCGGGCGCCGUCGCGCGCGAGAGGCACCGCGCCGCGGACUACGAGGCGCGGUCCGCGGCGCAGAACGAGGCCUUCGCGUCCCACGAGUCCAUGCUCACCAAGGCCCAGUUCGCGGCGGACUGCGAAUCCUGGCGCCACGACUCGCUCAUGGUCGACGACGCGCGGGAGAAGCUCCUCAACGCGGAGGCGAUCUUGCGCGAGGAGCGGAUCCGAAAGCGGGAAGAGGAGAAGGCGCGGCUGAAGGUGCUGCGCGAGGAGCUCCGCGUCGACGGCGCGGCGCGCGCCGCCGACGCGCGCCGCGCUCUGCGGGCCACGCGCGAGGCGAAGAAGCACGAGCGCGCGCGCGAGAAGAACGAGCGCGCGCGGAUGACGCUCCAGGAGGCGGACCAGUGCGCCGUGGACAAGUUCUGGGGCGUCUUCCUCAAGCACGAGCGCGACCGGAGGCUCGAGGAGAUGCGCCGCCUCGUCUGGAUCUGCCGCGUCAACGCGUCCCACGAGGUCAUGCGCAAGACCGAGUCCAUCGAGCCCCUCUUCAAGGACGAGAUCGAGCGGCGCAAGCCGCCGCUCACGAACCCGCGGGAGGGGCUCACGGAGAAGGCGCCGUCCCCGGCGAAGGCGAAGGCCGACGCCGACGGCUUCGGCAGCCCGAAGCCGCCGCGCACGCCGCGGACGGAGGACGGCGAACCGCUCUCGGCGGUGGCCGCGGCGCUGCGGGAGAGCGCGGAGCGCCGGCCGGACGACGCGGACGAGGGCGCGGCACGCGCCGAGGACGACGCGGGCAGCGCCGAGGAGGACGCGGCGCUCUUCGCCCAUCCAGCCAACGGGUUCGCGCUCCCGCCGCCGCGCGGCGGCGCCGCCGACGACGGGGCCGCGCCGGUCUGCGAGGGCGCGGGCACGGUCGCCCGGGCGUCGCACCUGAACAUGACGACGCCGGAGGUGCUGACGCGGGCCCUCGACGUCCCGGAGGCCGAGGCGCCGGCGGACGACGCGGCCGAGGCCGAGGCCGCGGAGCGCGAGCGGCUCGCGGCCCUCGCGCGCGAGGUCGACGAGGCGCGGGCUCGCGCCGAGGCGGAGGUCGAGGCGGAGCGCGCGCGCGUCGCCGCGGAGGCCGAGGCGCUCUUCGCGCGACUCGCCGCGGAGGCGGAAGAGAAGCGGCGCGCGGAGGAGAAGCGCGUCGCCGACCUGGCGGAAGAGAAGCGGGCCGCGGACGAGGCCGCGGCGGAACAAUUGCGCCUCGCCGCGGAGGAGGAGCUGCGGCUCGCCACGGAGGCCGCCGCCGAGCAGGAGCGGCUCGCCGCGGAGGCCGCCGCGGCGGGGGACGAGCGGCGCGCCGCGGAGGCCGCGGCGGCCGAGGAGCAGCGGGUCGCCGCCGAGGCCACUGCCGAGGAGCAGCGGCGCGCCGCGGAGGCCGCGGCGGCCGAGGAAAAGCGAAUCGCGGCGGAGGCCGCGGCGGCCGAAGAGGAACGGCUCGCCGCGGAGGCCGCGGCUGCCGAAGAGGAGCGGCGCGCGGCUGAGGCCGCGGCGGAGAAGGCGGUCAAAAAGCCCAUCGAGGAGCCCUUCGCGCCGAAGCGGCGGUCGUCGAUGCGGACGAAUCCCAUGCGGCUGGCCGCGGAGGCGAAAGCGCAGCGGCUCGCGGGCGACGACGGCGCCGACGUCGCCGCGCCUCCCGCCGCGCCGCCGCCGCCGCCGCCGCCGCCGGUCGCCGCGGCGGCCGCCGCGGAGCAGGAGCGGCGCGCCGCGGCGGCCGCGGCCGAAGAGGAGCGGCGCGCCGCGGCGGCCGCGGCGGCCGAGGAGGAGCGGGUCGCCGCGGCGGAGAAGGCGGUCAAGAAGCCCAUCGAGGAGCCCUUCGCGCCGAAGCGGCGGUCGUCGAUGCGCACGAAUCCCAUGCGGCUGGCCGCGGAGGCGAAGGAAGCGCGGCGGCUCGCGGCCGCGCGCGCGGCGGCGGACGACGACGGCGGCGCGGACGUCGCCGCGCCCCCCGCGGCGCCGCCGCCGACGCCACCGCCGACGCCGGCGCCGCCGCCGGUCGCCGCGGCGGCCGCCGGCGCCCCGGCCGCCGGCGCGCCGCGCGUCAACGACAACGGAUACGAGGUCAACGACGAGGGCAAGGAGAUACCGCAACUGCAAAUUGGUUACGGCCAAUCCUCGAGGGCAGCCACGAAUCGAAACGAGAUGUGCCCGCCCCGAAAGCGGCGGCCCUCGCGGGUUCUGUCGGCGAGCCCCGACGACGAGGUGAACUCGCUCGAGGCGCUGGCGCACCACGAGACCAACGGGGCCAACGGCGGGGCCGACGGCCCCGGCGGCGCCCUGGAGCGCCAAACCUCCUACGUCGAGGUGUCGCCGCUGAAGAAGGGCCUGCGGAGCGUCCUGCGCGCCAAGGUGCUCCUGCUCCAGCACCUCUUCGCCGCCGCCGUCGCCCUGCUCAAGGUGAAGCUCAAGGUGCUGCGCGCGCUCUUCCCGGUCACGACGGUCGUCGCGAAGAAACUGUUGGGCGUUACGAUCUUCGCGGCGGCCGCGGCCGUCGUCAUCGCCGGCCGCGUGGCGAAGAAGGUCUGCGAGGCGCCCAAGGUCGCGCCCGUGAUCCGGCUCAUCGGCGGCAAGACGGCCGAGGCGCUCCCGAAACCGCUCGGCAAGCCCAUCCGGAAGGCGAGCGAGUGGCUCGCGUCCGCGGCGCCGCCCAAGGCGGAGCCGACGCUCGACGAGAAGAUCAAGCAGGAGGAGGACGACCACCUCGAGGAGAUCGACAAGAUGGGCGAGCUCCGCAAGAGCCUCUUCCACCGGGACAAGCGCCUCUCGAUGCUCCGCGAACAGAAAAACUCGGGCGGCGGCGCCGCGCCGCGACCCGCGCCCGACGGCGACGGCGGCGACGAGGGCGGCGCCGAGAACGGCGGCGGGCCCAAGGUCUCGUUCCACGACGACGGCGAGGAGGAGCCGAAGCCCAUCGUCGACGACGACGCGCCGAAAAAAUCCUGGGCCUGCGGCUGCUAG